UUUUAAAAUCAAAAAAAUAUUUUUCUCUACGUAAAAUGGCCAACGCUAUUAAGAAGGUCAUUCCCAUGCUGGACCGCAUACUGAUCCAGCGCUUUGAGGUGAAGACUACCACUGCUGGUGGCAUACUGCUGCCGGAGGAGUCGGUGCCCAAGGAGAUGCAGGGCUUGGUGGUGGCCGUCGGACCCGGAGCCCGUAACCCGGCCGGCGCUGGCCACUUGUCCGUCGCCGUCAAGGAGGGCGAUCGUGUCCUGUUGCCCAAGUACGGGGGCACCAAGGUGGACAUGGACGACAAGAGAGAGUACGUGCUCUUCCGCGAGAGCGACAUCCUAGCCAAGCUGGAGUAAGGGAUGGGUUGGAGAGAUCCCAACAUAUACACUUACACGUACACGUACACGACAUCCUAGCCAAGCUGGAGAGGGAUGGGAUGGAGAGAUACCAAUAGAUACACGUACACGAACACAAACCAACACCGAAACCUACAAAACAAGUUUCCAUUUCGCUACUUGCGUUCGAAGUUAAAUGAUUAUCAUGUGUUAAAUGCUUAUUUGGUACACGUCCUUGAUACACUUUGAUACUUUGAUGUUACACUACACAAACAAAGCUUUGAAAUAAACUACUUACACUGAAA